AUGGAGAGUUUGGUUCCUACCGAUUCCAUCAAAGCCAACAAGCUGGAGGAUGCCCGAGAUAAGCUGCGAUUUUGGGCCAUUCGAGAUGCUUCCGUGGUCUUGGGCAUUCUCAAGGCACAUCCUCUGUUGGCACAAGAGACUUUCUUUUGUGGGUGCGUUUGCAAUGGCAAAAAGGGUCAAUCCUUAUCUCCUUUGGCAUCUCUAAUUGCCCUCCAAGCACCUCUCGAUAUCAUUCAGCAAGUGCUAGAGUUAUACCCCGAUGCUGCAUUAGGAAAAUGUGAGAGUCGCCAGUCUACUACUAGUGCUGCCUCGGGAGAUCCCUGUUUGCCAUUGCACGUGGCGGCCGCUACCAGUGGACCCAACAGUUUUUCCUCGGUCCAGUUUCUGGCCCAACGAUUUCCUCAGACAGUAUCGAUUCCCGAUGCCAGUGGCAAUUUGCCCCUUCAUCAUGCCUUGCAAAGUCUCUUUGAACACUCCACUCUGGAAACCAUCCAGUGUUUGGUGGAGCUGUAUCCAAAGUCGGUACUUCAAAAGAACAAGAAUGGAGAAACACCCCUGCAAUUUGCCAUUGAAAAUGCCUAUGCAGAUCCUAUCAUUGAUUAUCUUGCGUCGCAACUGCCGUCUCGUCAACAAGAAUUUUCGUUUGGAAAUUGCUUGACACUCAAUAUCGACCGAUGUCAUGCCCUGACGAGACUCUUGCCCUAUCUGACAUCUCUCACUUGUCGCCCAACCCAGUGGACGUGGGAGGGCAUGGACCACUUGUUGACGACACUAGUCAAAAGCAGCAGCACUAGUCGAGUCCAGAAACUGGUCUUGGAAUGGAUCCCACGAGCCUUUUUUACCAGCAACCAUCGCAUGGGACAGCACCUACGGGAUCUCUUGAGGAACAACAACAAUAACAACAACAACACAUUGUUGGAUCUGCGAAUACAAGUCAAGAAUGCGUGGUUUGACAAGAAUCGCAACUCGGACAUUCUCUGUUUGGAAACACUCCGUGGAAUCCUGCAAUCGGCAGUGUUGCCCCCCGAGUUUCGCUUUUCCUUAUCACUGCACUCUUUCCAGUUGUACAAGGAUACAUUGGAACAGUUUAUCCAAAAGGCGCAACCAAGGCGGUUGUCCUUGAACUGCUGCACCAUUUUUGAGAGUGCUUCCGUGAUUGCUAGCAAUUAUGCCGUUCCUGCUGCCACCGGCACAGCGACGAGGGACGGUAUGUCGUUGGAACGUCUCGAGCUGGUGCAAACUCGCAUGUCCAACACCAUCUUUCAAGCGCUCUUGGCAACGAUCCGGCAAAUGCAACAUUUGAAACACCUCAAACUCAUCUUUCGAAGGACCGAAGACUUUGGAGAUGUGCGUGGGUUACUCGACAUGACCGACUUUGUGGCAGACAUGCUCCCACAGUUGGAGACUCUGACGGUGGAAGGUCUCUUUGUGGCGCCCAAGCUAUUGGCGCAAUUUGCCACAACCCAGCAGAAAUCCGCAACCAUCCAAACCAAUUGCUACAUGGAGUACAUUCAAUAUGGAAAAAUGUGCCGCAGUUUGCAGUAUUACACAGCAUUGAAGUACUUUGGUCAGUCCCUGCACACAUACAGUGCGGGUGGUGUGGCCAGUAAGACGAACUUUCUCCAAGUGAUGAAGGAUCUUGACGAAUUUGAGGAUAUUCCAGAGGUAAAUGUGAAGGAUCAGAUUCGGUACGGUCUGCUAAACGAAUGGUGUCCGAGUCUUUGGAGCAGUUAG